AUGAGUAAUCUGGUGGGGUCACAGAAAAGUCCAGUGGACGAAUAUGUCCAAACUCUGGUCGGACCCUCACACAAGUCUCUCACAUCUAAAAUGGUAUCUUCUUCACUUGCAUCCACCUGCUCAAACUCUGAGCACACCACCCUGGUGCACAUUGGGGUUUGUCUCAAACGCAUGGCCUCAUCUAUGGUCACCAAACAUGACCUUCAGCAAUUAUUGAAUACAUUGCAUGAAGUGAUCAAAUUCGAAGUGGCUGUGCUGAAAACAGAUGCAUCAGCCCAAGAGACGCGAAUACAAACCCUGGAGCAUUGUGCAGAAGCUACUGCAGCCAAGGCUCAAGCAGCUGAUAUGGCCAUACAAAGGCAAAGCACUUAUGCUCCUAGCUAUGAGGAAAAACAUGAGAAUCUUAAUAACUACCGUUGUUGCUGCAAUAUUGGGAUACAAGCAGAGAGAGGAGGAUGUGGAAGGCCUUUUAUCUCCCUUGUUCCGCAUAUCACUUCUGCACUGGAACUACAGGGGUACUGA